CGCCGCCGACGUUCGGCAGUGUACCUCCGUGACGCCAAGUGACCGGCCGCACAUCGGCAGCACCACCAAACCAAACCUAUACUAUAAACUGUAUAUAUCGCGCGCGAUGACCGGCGCCGUCGCUUCUCGAUUUUUCGAAUAAGACGCGAGUCGCAUCAUCGCCGUUUAACCUGUCUCGCGCGGUCGCAUCUCCGCGAAAUCCCGAGCCCCGAGUAUUUUAUAGUACCGUCGCAGGGCACACCGUCAAAACGACCCGUUUGCGUAGCACAGCGAUGGCCGUCGCCGCAGGACGACAGCGGUGCCGAUGGCCGCCGAAGACGCCGACGAUGGCCACCGUCGUCGCGCUGGCGGCCGUCGUCUGCGCGGCCGUCACCGUCGCGUCCGCCAUAACGACCAAACCGUCCGGCACGGCCGUCAUCAAGACCACUCUGCAGAUAUCGCCGACGGCCGACCACAAGACCGUCGCCGCCGAGCCGGAAGACCGCCGACCUUUGCACCGGACGUCGUUCGCCGCUCGAUAUUGGCAGCAACGUGAAACCGCCGCCAACGGACCGUCAUCGUCGGUGCAAGUCGACGACGACGACGACGACUACUACGUACAGCAACCGCCGCACAAGCUUUCGGCCGUCCAGCAGACUCACAUACUCGACGACAUCCGUCGGCACAAUCAGCCACAGCAGUGGUGGACCUCGCCGGGUUCGUCGUCGGCGGCACCGUCGUCGACGACCGUCAUGCCGGCGGACGACCAGGACUCGACGGUCGACACACUGCAGCAACUGUUGCAGAUCAACGGCGUGGCCGCGGACGACCACGACCCGGUCGCGGACAACUCGGACGACGACCGUCACAGCAAACAGCGGUCCAUCGGCGGAACGGUUUGGCCACCUCAGCCGUCGUACAACAACCACAACAGACAGCAGCAACCGUCCUUGUCGCCUCCGCCGGUGACGUCCGUUCCGCACGGCCAUCAGCAACAGCAACAGCAGCAGUACUAUUCUACGACCGGUCCUACGGUACAACAACACCACCGUCACCAUCAUCCGCAGCAGCAGCAGCAGCAAAUAUUCGUCACGACGCCUCCGUCGUCCGCGACGUCCAACAAUCCGCCUCGGCACGUCAGCCAGCAGUACAUACCGCUGCAGAGCACACCGCAACCGCAGUAUUACCCGCAACCGCAGCGACCGGCACUCGCGCCCGCGGCCGGAGACGGCGAAACCGACGCCGGAGGGUUGGACGCGGACAUAGAACAGCAAAUUCGCCAGCAGCUGACGGCCGUCGUGGGCGCCGGCAGCAAUGCGAAUUACACGAUAAUCAGUCCUUCCGGCGGAAGUGCUAACCACCUCCUCCGGCUGACACAACACGGAUCCGCUUCCAACGACCACGCGCAGUACGUGAAGAUCGGCGGCGGCGGCGGCGGCGGCGGCGGCUCCGGCGGCUCCGGCGGAUCGUCUCAGUCCCGAAAUCGGUUACAGCAACAGGCGGAGACGAGCACGAACGCCGGCGCGGCCACCGGUGGCGGCGGCAGGAACACGAUCGUCAAAACGGUGGUCGUCCGGCAAAAACCGCAGCCCACUCCGGCCCCGCCGGCCGUCGCGCCACCGGCCGCAGCGGCCCCCGUGCAGCCCUGGACGGCCAGCGAACAGCAACAGCUCGAACAGCUGGCCCGGCAAGUGUUGCCGCCCGGCGUGGCACAGUACGAGAUCAUACGCGCCGGCGGCGUGGACGGCAGCGGCGCGGCCAAGGACGGCGGCGGCGGCGACGCGACGGCCGCGGCCACCGUCGACAGCGGCUCGACGUUCCCGUCCGGCGGCGGAGCGCCGCAGGUCCUGCCGGCCGCCGCGGGCAAGAAGAAACCCGUGACGUUCGUCAUCCUGGAGGAGCGGCCGGACGGCACUGUGCGCGUGCGCGGCAUCGAGAAAAAGCAACACGGCGGCGGCCCGUCCGACGGCGACGGCGCCGGGGCGGCCGACGUGGUCGGUUCGUCCAACGACGAACAGCUCCAGCAGCUGGUGGACAAGCUGAACCGGGGCGAACUCCGGCUGCCAUCGGUCGGCCAGCCGUCUUCGCCGUCCAAGACGGGGGCGCCGGACAGCGCCGCGGUGGCCAGCACCACCGUCUCGACCCCGCUCCCGGCGGCGUACGUUCCCCCGUUCCCGUCCACCGCGCAGCCGACGGCCAGUGGUGCCAACAACAAGCGCCGCGAACCGCCGCCGUCGUCGGCGUACUUUCCCACGGUGGCGCCGCAAACGACCACCACCGCACUGCAUCAGCAGCACCAAUACCAAAAUUUCUUCAUUCCCACCGUCGUACCGACCGAAGCCGUAGCCGUUGCGACUACCGUCGGCCAACAGCACAACAACAACUAUCACCACCACCAACAGCAACAGCAACGACAACAGCAACAGCAACAGCAACAACAGCAACAGUUCUACACGCCGCCGACGAUUACCACGUCGGCGUCUUAUAAUACGCCGGCGCCGGUAAAUUCGACGUACUUCAACAGCAACAAAGCCGCGAAAGAAGGCAAGUUCAGCGGUGCUCUCCGACGCCGCGGCUAUUACGCGAUGGCCAAGUACAUGCGACAAGCCGGCGUGGACGCUGUACUCGAAGAGACGGGUCCGUUUACUGUGUUCGUGCCAACGGACAAGGCGUUCAGAGCACUAUUAGUGCAGCUUGGUGGCCCAGAUCGUGCCGAGGACAAGUUCCGCGAAAACCCACGUUUGCUGAUUGGACUUUUGUUACACCACGUUGUUCCUGGAGCAUUUAGAGCGUCUGAUUUGAUGGCCGGAGAUGAAAUGACUGGCGUAAGUUUGGCAGGCACACAACUCCGAGCAAAUUUAUACGCCCGACAGCUGUACGACAACCGAUGGAACGACAUCGAAGUGCUGACCAUUAACGGUGCCCGAGUGUUGGAUGACGUUAAUCCGACGGCGUCUGCGGCGGCUGUCGAUGGUUCUAAUUCCGACGACGGUAGUAAUGGGUCCACUCAACAGCGUAGGGAUAUGAUAUUGUCGUCAAAUGGAGGAGCAGGAGGAAACAAUCAACAACAGAUCAUGGCUAUAGGGCACGCAGUUGACCGCGUGUUGUUCCCGUUACCGGUUGGCGACGUACUCGCCACCAUGAGAGCCGACCGACAACGGCGGUACAACGUCUUCUUGCGAGCCGUGGAUGAGCACUGUUCGCCAAACGUGCGAUCGCUACUCACUGGUUCAAGAACUGUGACCGUGUUUGCGCCCGUAGAUGAGGCGUUCCGCGUACGCCGUGGUUCCGGAAAUUAUAACAGCAGUAGCACCAGUGGUUCAAUAAUUGAUUGGAUGCUUAGUGAAGACUCCAGCAGUAGGUUCAAAAAACGAAAUCGCCGACGGAUUGCUGACCGGUUCGUGCUCAGCCACGUGGUUUUGGCAGGACCAGGUGAUCCUCCGAUGUACACGGCUGGAUUGCGAUUUUACCAGGUUAGGGACACUGCGUAUCGGCUUCCAGAAGGCGGCGAUUUUGCAGCAGCUGAGGACGAUGACGACGGUGCAGCGGAAGACUUCAACGGUGGCGGAGAUGAUGUAAAUUUAACGUCAUCGCCAAAUGAUGGUGAAAAAUCUCGUUUCUAUCAGUUGACAGUGUACAAAGACUCGGGCAGAAUACGGCUGAACGGUGGCGCCGCGCAAGUGCUGGUCCGCAACGUUCCGGCUACCAACGGUGUACUACACGGACUGGACGCACCACUAGUCUGACGGAUAACUCCCGAAAGAUAGGAUUGUAGGCGUUAUGGUUGAUCGACGACAACAUCUAUGCAGGACGUCUGUACACAACGACAGCUGUCACUGUCAAGUGAUCGUUUUUAUUUAUUAAUUAUUAUUAUUUUAUAAUUUAUGUUUUUUUAUUUUGUUUUAUUUUGUUUAUUAUUUUAAUGUUUUACCUAUUACCUAUAUAUUUUAUUGUAAUUGUAUAUUCUAUUUUUUACAUGUUCCGUUAUUUUGUAUACACUAUUGUAAUAGAUUUCCUACACAUACUAUUACUCAAACAAUUUCCCAGUGUAUCUUGUAAGUUGUAUUACACACGUUUAAAUAAUAUUAUUAAGUACUUCUGAGUAUAGCAUCUUAUAUUUAUCGAUUGUUUUUACCGUCUUGCUAGAUCUGCCCGUACACCAUUAUGUAUCCAUCAUAAUAUUAUACAUUUUUACUAACUACUUGACACCUGCAUUCAUUAUUAAUAAUAAUUUAUGAAGUAAAACAACAAAAAUUUGGUGUACUCAAAGAUUAGUGAGGUGUCAACUAAUCCGAACGCCUAACACCCUAGCGUGAUGUCUAAAAAUAUUUAAUAUUAAAAUGUCUAAAUAUAAAGAUAGAUCAGAUAUAUUUUAUUUCGAUAAAAACACUUCUUUUGUACUUUUGUAUAAAUAAUCACAAUUCAGAAAAUUUCAAUCAAUUUUAGUUAGGACUGUAUAUUAUAAUGUUAAGAUCAAUAAUAUAAUAAGAAAAUAAAAAACAAAUAAUAUUUUUAAAAAAAUAAUUGAAUAAAAAUGUAUUAAGUUUUUCAUUGUCAUCUACAUCGUAAAAUAAUUAACGAAAAUACUUAGCGAUAAAUUAUGACAGAUCUAAAGUUCAUUUCCUACUCAGGUUAUUCCUACACAUCACGUGGUUCAAUGUUUUAUUUAAUUGGUAGUUUUGUCUUAUAAGUUAUAGCUCAGAUACAAUAAAAUUAUUAUUUUUUACUCACAAC